AUGUUAACAGCAAACGCGACUGAAAUUGAAAAACUAAAGCCAAUAGUUAUUGGAUCAUCUAUUGAACCCCAUGCUCUAGCCCGUUUAAACUAUGAUACUUUACCUAUUACAUACCGGUCAAAUUUAAAAGCCUGGAUGCGAUCAGAUAUCUUUGGUGAAUGGCUUACAGAACUUGAUAAGAACCAUUAUAAUCCUAAUGAACCAAAUGAAAAUAAUGAUCCUGUUGAAGAUAAUGAUUCUAAUAAUUCUAAUGAAGAUAUAUCAAAAUCAGACGAAGAAUCAAACAGUGAAGAAGAGGAAUUAGAAACUCGUCUAAGAACUCUAUUUGACGUGGCCAUGGCCGCCCAAGGAUUUAAAAACGUAAAAACUGGAAUCCUUCUGGCAUUAUCUGGUGACGAAAUUGAAGGUGCCACUCUUGCCCUGCAAGACUUGGCAGAUUUUGAAAAAGAUGAAAACGAUGAAUUGAUCAUAGACCAAACAGCAAAUUCAUUAGACCUGACAAUCGAGUGUGAUGCAAGUGACACAGAUGAUGAACCACCCGAAGUUCCUGUUGUGGAAGGACUAAAUG